GCUUUAUACUGGCGCUUUACCGUACAUAUCUCAUACUUCCCCUCAAGCUUCCUCCUGCAAUAACUAUCACCAUAAUCACACAUUUCUUUCUGUCGCAAUGAUCAAGAUAUGGAGUAUGAAGAAGAACGAGGACGCAGCGGCCAAGAAGAAACCAAAGACCAGUGCUGCUCAGAUACGUGUACAGAAAGAUUUGACCGAACUUGAUCUCCCAUCAACGAUGAAGACGCAUUUCCCUGAUCCCGCAGAUCUCUUGAACUUCACCCUUACCAUUGUACCAGACGAAGGAAUGUACAAGGGCGGAUCCUUCAACUUCUCAUUCACCAUCAACCCUAAUUACCCGCACGAGCCGCCAAAAGUGAAGUGCACUCACACGAUAUAUCAUCCAAAUGUCGACCUCGAUGGGAAUGUCUGCCUGAAUAUUCUGCGUGAAGACUGGAAGCCAGUACUAAAUCUGAACUCCGUCAUGGUUGGUCUCCAAUAUCUAUUCCUGGAGCCAAAUGCAGACGAUCCCUUAAACAAGGAGGCUGCAGAGGAGCUGCGCAAGAACCGGGAACAGUUUUUGUACACUGUGAAGACGUCAAUGCGGGGAGGAAAUAUCAAAGGUGUACAAUACGAUAAAGUGAUCGUGCAAUGAUGACUCGAAUGACGCGUUUAUGUCGUUCACGUACUGUGUAGAUUCCCCGCAUUUACUAAUUCUACCAGCUCUCCGCCUCAUCUGGCUCUCAUAGCAGCGCUGUUCCUGUUGCAGCCAGGAGACCGGAUGGUACACACAGACUUUUUCUAGUAGUUCCUGUCUGCGAACAGUGUACUAACCCUCACGAUAGCGACGCCAGGUGCAAAUGUUGAAUACCAGAUGGAGACGACAAUGAAUUUCUGUACUGAUACAUAUGACAGUAUGGUGGUGACAGAAUGGAUACAAAUCAACAGUGAAUAGUGCAAGGAUGUACGACCUUAGGAGGAUUUUUAAAGUUUCAACUUCCCCUGUAAGUUGUAAAUGAAUAGGGACUGAUCAACAAAGGAAUGUGAUGGUGCUCUUCUGGGUUCUCGAUUUCGAAGGUGAUCUGAUAAGACAGCAUUCAACGUCGAAAAUAUGCGAUUUCGCAGGAUGAAAAUCCAGCACAUACCUCUACCCAAGGAUAAAAGCAUUUUCCACCAGUCUUUUCGAAAUACUCCUUGGUUUUGAAUACGACCUUGUAUAGCCCUGCAGUCAGUUCUUUCUGUCUCAAUUUAGCCUCAUCGGAGCCGCAUGGAGGAAGGAGUGUGCAACGCCCAUCAGAAUCUG